AUGGUUUUCACGUCUAUGCUACGGAGCUUUGGACAGAAUAGCUGCUUUAUUGUGUUUUUACUUGCUCAUCCGGCGGCAGUUAAAGUUCUUGGAAGACCAGCCUCUACUGAAGGAACUUGUAGAAACUUCACCUGCCGAUUGAGCUUUUGUCCACGCGCUACCACGGGGUUCAUAUCAGAAGAGUUACGCCGCCAGCAUGAGGUCUCCCACACUCAACUAUCUAUAUGCGACGUUCCAGAAUGUACAUAUCCCCCAUUUUUCUCUUUCAGGGCUCUCAAGCGCCACAUCAACGAGUACCAUCGCUCAGAACCGGCCCUCAGGCCGAUACGGCGAGCAGGCCCUUCGAGACCUUCGAUACCAUUCCUCGAUUCAGGUGCCUUCCUCGAUUCAGGUGCCGAGUCCGCGUCACACGGCUCUCUCGCUCCAGAAGGGCUAUUGGAAUCUUCAUACGAUGAUCCAUCUGGGGAUGAUGACAUCUUUUCGCUAGACAACCACAGAAGAAGGCUAGAAUCAGACUUCUUUGGGAGACAAGCCAGGGUUUAG